GAACGUGGUUCGCCACGUAAUUUGGUUACCACAGACAUAACUGACACUACAGUUGGGUUAUCAUGGACACCAGCUCCAGGAGCAGUUAAUGAUUAUAGGAUAGUAUGGAAAUCACUAUAUGAUGAUACAAUGGGAGAGAAGAGAGUCCCUGGAAAUACCGUGGAUGCUGUGCUAGAAGGCUUGGAGCCAGAGACUAAAUACAGGAUUUCAGUAUAUGCAACCUACAGCAGUGGAGAAGGAGACCCAGUGGAAGGAGAGGCUUUUACUGAUGUGUCACCAAAUGCCAGGACUGUGACAGUAGACAACGAGACAGAAAAUACAAUGAGAGUUACAUGGGAACCUUCACCUGGGAAAGUCUUGUAUUACCGUGUGUACUACCGACCACGUAGUGGAGGAAGGCAGAUGUUUGGAAAAGUAAAUGCUCCUGCUACAAGCAUAGUGUUAAAGCGACUUAAGCCGCGAACUACAUAUGACCUCAGUGUUGUUCCAUUUUAUGAUUUUGGACAAGGAAAAUCAAGAAAAGCAGAAGGAACAACAGCCUCUCCCUUUAAGCCACCUAGAAAUCUGAGAACUUCGGAUUCAACAAUGUCCAGCUUCCGAGUAACCUGGGAGCCAGCCCCAGGGCGAGUGAAGGGGUACAAAGUAACUUUUCACCCUACGGAGGAUGAUGGGAGUCUUGGAGAAUUAAUAGUGGGGCCAUAUGACAGCACAGUGGUAUUGGAGGAGCUUAGGGCAGGAACUACCUACAAGGUAAAUGUUUUUGGAAUGUUUGAAGGAGGAGAGAGCAACCCCCUGGUUGGACAAGAGAUGACCACCCUUUCAGACACUACUUCCGAACCUUUUUUGUCUAGAGGUUUAGAAUGUAGAACCAGAGCAGAAGCUGAUAUUGUGCUGCUGGUGGAUGGCUCAUGGAGUAUCGGGCGGCCAAAUUUUAAAACUGUCAGGAACUUCAUUACCCGUAUUGUUGAAGUUUUUGAUAUUGGUCCUGACAAAGUACAGAUUGGUCUUGCACAGUAUAGUGGGGAUCCCAGGACAGAAUGGAAUCUCAAUGCUUACCGAACCAAACAGGCUUUGUUAGAGGCUGUAGCCAACUUACCGUACAAAGGAGGCAAUACUCUAACAGGAAUGGCCUUGGAUUUCAUCCUAAAAAACAACUUCAAACAAGAUGCAGGCUUAAGGCCCAGAGCUCGCAAAAUUGGUGUUCUCAUCACUGAUGGCAAAUCACAAGAUGAUGUAGUUACUCCUUCAAGAAGACUCAGAGAUGAGGGAGUGGAACUUUAUGCAAUUGGUAUUAAAAAUGCAGAUGAAAAUGAAUUGAAGCAGAUUGCAACAGAUCCAGAUGACAUCCAUGCUUACAAUGUUGCUGAUUUCUCCUUCCUGGCUAGCAUUGUUGAUGAUGUAACCACGAAUCUGUGUAACAGUGUGAAAGGUCCAGGUGAUUUACCACCUCCCUCUAACCUAGUUAUUUCAGAAGUGACACCUCGUUCUUUCAGACUGAGAUGGAGUCCACCUCCUGAGAGUGUUGAUAGAUACCGAGUUGAAUAUUACCCUACCUCUGGAGGUAGCCCGCAACAGUUUUAUGUAAGUAGGAUGGAAACAACGACAGUUCUGAAAGAUCUGAAACCUGAAACAGAAUAUGUUGUUAACGUGUUUUCUGUGGUAGAAGAUGAAAGCAGUGAACCUCUAAUCGGAAGGGAAACAACUUUGCCAAUCUCUUCAGUUAGAAACCUGAAUGUUUAUGACAUUGGAUCAACUUCCAUGCGAGUGAGAUGGGAACCUCUCAAUGGAGCUACUGGUUAUUUGUUAACAUAUGAACCUGUGAAUGCCACAGUCCCAACUACAGAGAAAGAGAUGCGUGUUGGACCAUCAGUGAAUGAGGUUCAGCUGGUAGAUCUCAUCCCCAAUACUGAGUACACUUUAACAGCUUAUGUAUUGUUUGGUGAUAUCACUAGUGACCCACUCACCACCCAGGAAGUGACAUUACCUUUGCCUGGACCCAGAGGCUUAACAAUUCAGGAUGUUACUCACAGCAGCAUGAAUGUCCGGUGGGAUCCUGCCCCAGGGAAAGUUCAAAAAUACGUCCUACGAUACAAAAUAGCUGAUGAAGCUGAUGUAAAGGAGGUGGAAAUCGACAGACUCAAAACCAGCACUACUCUCUCUGACCUUUCCUCCCAAACACUAUAUAAUGUAAAAGUUGUUGCUGUAUAUGAUGAAGGGGAAUCCCUACCAAUAAAUGCAGAAGCUGUCACCCAGCCUGUGCCAGCACCAGUCAAUCUCAGAAUCACAGAUAUAACCACGAGUAGUUUCAGAGGAACUUGGGAUCAUGGAGCUUCAGAUGUUUCUCUAUACAGAAUAACCUGGGGACCCUAUGGAAGUUCAGAAAAACAGGAGACUAUCGUAAAUGGGGAUGAGAAUAGUUUGGUCUUUGAAAAUUUGAAUCCAGAUACAUUAUAUGACAUCUCAGUUACUGCCAUCUAUCCUGAUGAAUCAGAAAGUGAUGACCUCAUUGGCAGUGAACGAACAUUACCCCUGGUACCUAUCACCACACAAGCCCCAAAGAGUGGCCCACGAAACCUUCAGGUGUACAAUGCAACUUCACACAGUUUGACUGUUAAGUGGGAUCCUGCCAGUGGUCGAGUGCAGAGAUACAGGAUCAUUUACCAGCCUAUCAGUGGAGAUGGUCCUGAACAGUCGACUAUGGUUGGAGGGCGGCAGAACAGUGUGGUGAUACAGAAGCUGCAGCCUGACACACCAUAUGCUAUUACUGUGUCAUCAAUGUACGCAGAUGGUGAAGGAGGACGAAUGACAGGACGAGGCAGAACCAAACCUCUCACUACUGUGAAGAACUUGCUAGUUUAUGACCCAACCACCAGUACACUGAACAUUCGAUGGGAUCAUGCAGAAGGAAGUCCUCGCCAGUAUAAAGUGUUUUACAGACCUACAGCUGGAGGUGCAGAAGAAAUGACCACAGUACCAGGAAACACAAACUAUGUCAUCCUGAGGACUCUUGAACCUAACACACCUUACACUGUAACUGUAGUUCCAGUUUUCCCAGAGGGGGAUGGUGGACGUGUCUCUGAUACUGGAAGAACUUUGGAGAGAGGAACACCAAGAAACAUUCAAGUUUACAACCCCACACCAAACAGCAUGAAUGUCCGAUGGGAACCUGCUCCAGGUCCAGUACAGCAAUAUAGAAUUAAUUACUCUCCACUGUCUGGACCAAGGCCAUCAGAAUCUAUUGUGGUUCCAGGCAACACUCGUGAUGUGAUGCUGGAGCGCUUGACUCCUGACACUGCUUACUCAAUAAAUGUUGUAGCUCUGUAUGCAGAUGGAGAAGGAAAUCCAAGCCAAGCACAGGGAAGAACAUUGCCUCGCAGUGGUCCAAGGAAUGUGAGAGUGUUUGAUGAGACCACAAACAGCCUUUCUGUACAAUGGGACCAUGCUGAUGGGCCAGUCCAGCAGUACAGAAUCAUUUAUUCACCCACUGUGGGAGAUCCUAUUGAUGAAUAUACAACAGUUCCUGGGAUAAGAAAUAAUGUGAUAUUACAACCACUGCAAUCAGAUACACCAUAUAAAAUUACUGUUGUGGCUGUGUAUGAAGAUGGAGAUGGUGGACAACUGACUGGAAAUGGCAGAACUGUUGGCCUGCUUCCUCCUCAAAAUAUGUAUAUAACUGAUGAAUGGUAUACACGAUUCAGAGUUUCCUGGGAUCCUUCACCAUCUCCUGUUCUUGGCUACAAAAUUGUAUACAAACCUGUGGGUUCAAAUGAGCCCAUGGAGGUUUUUGUCGGAGAAGUGACUUCCUACACCUUGCAUAAUCUGUAUCCCAGUACUACUUAUGAUGUGAAUGUUUAUGCCCAGUAUGACUCUGGAAUGAGCAUACCUUUGACAGAUCAAGGCACUACAUUAUAUUUGAAUGUCACUGACCUAACAAGUUACAAAGUGGGUUGGGAUACUUUCUGUAUCCGAUGGUCACCUCAUCGGUCAGCAACUUCCUACAGACUGAAGCUGAACCCAGCUGAUGGUUCCAGAGGACAGGAAAUCACAGUGCGUGGGUCAGAAACAAGCCAUUGUUUCACUGGCCUCUCACCAGACACAGAAUACAAUGCUACCGUCUUUGUUCAGACUCCUAACCUUGAGGGACCUCCAGUCUCUAUGAGGGAGCGUACAGUCCUCAAACCUACAGAGGCACCAACUCUGCCACCUACACCUCCUCCACCUCCCACGAUCCCUCCCGCUCGGGAUGUAUGCAGAGGUGCCAAAGCAGACAUAGUAUUCUUGACGGAUGCUUCCUGGAGUAUUGGUGAUGAUAACUUCAACAAAGUAGUGAAAUUUGUUUUUAAUACAGUAGGAGCUUUUGACUUGAUUAAUCCUGCUGGAAUCCAGGUUUCAUUUGUGCAGUACAGUGAUGAGGCAAAAUCUGAAUUUAAACUGAAUACAUUUGAUGACAAGGCCCAGGCCCUUGGAGCUCUUCAAAAUAUUCAGUACAGAGGAGGAAACACAAGGACAGGCAAAGCCCUAACAUUUAUCAAAGAAAAGGUUUUGACUUGGGAGAGUGGCAUGAGACGAGGUGUUCCCAAGGUACUCGUUGUUGUCACAGAUGGUCGGUCUCAGGAUGAAGUGAGGAAAGCAGCAACGGUCAUACAGCACUCUGGCUUCAGUGUCUUUGUGGUUGGUGUGGCUGAUGUAGAUUACAAUGAGCUGGCCAAGAUUGCCAGCAAGCCCAGUGAGCGUCAUGUAUUUAUUGUUGAUGACUUUGAUGCCUUUGAAAAGAUUCAAGAUAACCUCGUCACCUUUGUGUGUGAGACAGCUACCUCAACUUGUCCUCUUAUUUACUUGGAUGGAUACACUUCACCUGGUUUCAAGAUGCUGGAAUCAUAUAAUUUAACAGAGAAGCAUUUUGCUUCUGUACAAGGCGUAUCACUGGAAUCAGGCUCUUUCCCAAGCUACGUAGCAUACAGACUCCACAAAAAUGCCUUUGUCAGCCAGCCAAUACGGGAAAUUCACCCAGAGGGAUUGCCACAGGCAUACACUAUCAUUCUGUUAUUCCGUCUUCUGCCUGAUUCCCCCAGUGAGCCUUUUGCAAUUUGGCAGAUUACAGACAGAGAUUACAAACCACAAGUUGGAGUUGUGCUUGAUCCUGCCAGCAAAGUGCUGUCAUUCUUUAACAAGGAUACAAGGGGAGAGGUUCAAACUGUAACUUUUGAUAAUGAUGAAGUAAAGAAAAUCUUUUAUGGAAGCUUCCACAAGGUCCAUAUUGUUGUAACUUCAUCAAAUGUUAAGAUUUACAUUGACUGCAGUGAAAUACUGGAAAAACCAAUUAAGGAGGCUGGGAACAUCACAACUGAUGGUUAUGAAAUACUUGGGAAACUUCUGAAAGGCGACCGGAGAUCAGCAACAUUAGAAAUCCAGAAUUUUGACAUUGUAUGCAGUCCAGUUUGGACUAGCAGAGACAGAUGUUGUGAUCUUCCUUCUAUGAGGGAUGAAGCAAAAUGCCCAGCUCUUCCAAAUGCUUGCACCUGUACUCAAGACAGUGUUGGACCUCCAGGACCCCCUGGACCAGCUGGUGGCCCAGGUGCUAAAGGUCCCAGAGGCGAAAGAGGUUUGACUGGAUCAUCUGGGCCACCUGGUCCUCGCGGUGAGACAGGUCCUCCUGGCCCUCAAGGUCCUCCAGGUCCGCAGGGCCCCAAUGGGCUAUCAAUCCCAGGUGAACCG